GUAUGUAAAAGCAUAAAUGGCUGGUGGUCGCUGGAGUUGAUGGUGGUGGAGAGUUGACUCGGCCGAUUCUACAAAAUUAUCAUUCAAAGAGGCUCAACACAACACCAUGAAUGAUUUCUGAAACCCUAUUUGGAGUUGGGAGUGAGGUGGUGGGUGAAUGAGAAAAUGGGUUGGAUUCCAUUCCACGACGCUGCAAAUUCCAAGCCUCUCUUCUUGACCAUCUACGCCACCGUCAUUGUUGGCAUCGUCUUCUCCUCCUUCUACGUCUUCUCCGCCAUUUACUCCGCUGACUCCUCCACUUGGUUCUCCUCCUCCUCCUCCUCCUCCUCCUCCUCUGCAUCAUCUCUCAUUCAUGUCGAUCAAGGACCCAAUGUUUCUCAACGAACAGAUUGGGGUGCAGUGCCAGCGCCUCCACCUAAAUCACCCAAAUCUCAAAACAUGUGGACGAGGCCUAUCUGGGAGGCUCCCCCUCGAGGUGAAAAAAGGCCCUCUUUGAAGGCCUUUCAGUUGACAAAGACACUGGUAGAGCAAAGGGUGAAGGAUAAUGUCAUAAUAGUGACGUUUGGUAAUUAUGCAUUCAUGGAUUUUAUCCUCACUUGGGUUAAGCACUUGACUGAUCUGGGUAUCUCCAAUCUUCUUGUUGGUGCAAUGGACACCAAGUUAUUGGAGGCAUUGUAUUGGAGAGGUGUUCCAGUCUUUGAUAUGGGCAGCCACAUGAGCACAAUAGAUGUUGGAUGGGGAACACCAACAUUUCAUAAAAUGGGGAGAGAAAAGGUUAUCCUGAUAGAUGCUCUCUUGCCUUUUGGCUAUGAGCUACUGAUGUGUGACACAGACAUGGUUUGGUUAAAGAACCCGCUUCCAUAUUUGGCACGUUUUCCUGGAGCAGAUGUCUUAACUUCAAGUGAUCAAGUUGUACCAACAGUUGUUGAUGAUCGCUUGGAUAUUUGGCAACAAGUUGGUGCUGCCUACAAUAUAGGAAUUUUCCACUGGCGACCAACAGAUUCUGCAAAAAAAUUGGCAAGAGAGUGGAAAGAGAUGCUUCUAGCUGAUGAUAAGAUAUGGGAUCAGAAUGGGUUCAAUGACCUUGUACGCAGGCAAUUAGGCCCAUCUGUUGAUGAGGACAGUGGACUCGCAUAUGCUUAUGAUGGAAAUCUCAAGCUGGGACUUUUGCCAGCUAGUAUAUUCUGUAGUGGGCAUACUUAUUUUGUGCAGUCCAUGUAUCAACAACUCAGACUGGAGCCAUAUGCAGUGCAUACUACAUUCCAGUACGCUGGUACUGACGGAAAGCGUCAUAGACUUCGGGAAGCGAAGGUUUUCUAUGAUCCACCAGAAUAUUAUGAUUCACCAGGAGGUUUCUUGACAUUUAAGCCUUCUAUUCCAAAGAGCCUGUUGCUGGAUGGGGAGCAUAAUCUUGAAUCACAUUUUGCUCUCAUUAAUUACCAAAUGAAACAAAUACGUACAGCGCUUGCUAUUGCUUCAUUAUUGAAACGUACACUGGUCAUGCCUCCAUUAUGGUGCAGAUUGGAUAGGUUAUGGUUUCCACAUCCUGGAGUUCUUGAGGGGUCUAUUACUAGACAACCUUUUCUCUGCCCUUUGGACCAUGUAUUUGAGGUAAAUGUGAUGUUGAAAGAAUUCCCGGAGGAUGAAUUUGGCCCUGGGAUCAAUAUUAGAGAAUACUCUUUCUUUGACAAUCCACUAAUGCCCAAACAGGUGAAAGAUUCAUGGCUUGAUGUUCAACUUUGUCGAGAAGGAUCCCCAGGUUGUAAUGUAACAAACAAUACAAGUUCACUAGGAAUAAGACUUCCAAAGCACAGCACUGAAGAAACGUUCAAAUCAGUAUUCUCAUUAUUCAAGGAUGUCAAAGUCAUCCAAUUCUCAACGAUGCAAGAUGCUUUCCUCGGUUUCACUGACAAGAAAACGGAGGAAAAAUUCAGAAAACGGGUGAAGCGGUAUGUUGGUAUUUGGUGCUGCGUGAAGGGUAGUGAUCCGGGUCACAUAUAUUAUGACAUGUACUGGGAUGAGAAACCCAAUUGGAAACCAAUCCCACCUCAAGCUUCUGAGGAUGAUCAUCCACCCUGGUGAUGAAAUCUAACCAACCACACACACUGUUGUAGCCUAGAAGAGGGCUGUAUUUUAUGUUGUUGAACAGGAUACAUAAUCUAAUCAUUGGUAUAGAAGAGAGCAGAUGUCUUUGUAUACCAGUAAUGAGAAAAUUUUGGACUUGUUUAUUCCAAGAUGAUUAAGAAAAGGAAUGUGGAUGUGAGGCCUUUCUCAGGUUCUAUGUAAAACUUAUAUUCAUUUGAUAUCCGGAGUUUGCUUUUGUACAUUCAUUGAAACAA